AUGAAUAUAUAUAUUCUCCGUCAUGGAGAAAGUAAAUAUAAUGCUAAUCCAUUAGAUGAUAUUAUUGAUUGUCCAUUAACAUCAUUGGGUAUUGAACAAUCAACUUAUUUAGAUAAAUCAUCAUAUCCAAAACAUUAUUCUUUAAUAAUUAGUUCACCUUUACGUCGUUGUCUUGAUACAAUUAAAUUGUCAAAAAUAAAUAGUGAUCAUUUUGAAAUAAAUGAUUUAUUUCGAGAAAUUUAUUCUGGUUGUAAAUCCGAUCUCUUAUAUGAUAAUGAAUUUAUUUCUAUUGAGAAUGAACAAUUUAUUCAAGAAAGAAUAAAACGUAUAAAUGAUUAUUUAUAUAAAAAAAAAGAAUUAAAUAUAUCAAAUAUAUUAAUUGUAACACAUGCAGAUUUAGUUUGGUAUUUAACUUCUUAUGAAAUAAAUGGAGAAAGAUUUGGUACAUGGUUAAAUAAUGCACAAUUAUUUCAUUGGAAACAAAUUUAA